GGGGAGAUAAUUGGUGAAAAAACGGGGGGAAUUCCCGAAUUGAUAACCAGCGAUAUUUCCAAUAUGGCGACCGAGGAAGCUGUUGUCGAAAAUGAAUCAAAAGUCAUUCUUUUGCCCACGUUAAACGAGAAACUACGCGAAAUCGGUCAUCAGGCUAUCUGGUCUUUAUCCUCCUGUAAGCCAGGUUUCGGCGUUGAGCAACUGAGGGACGGAAACUUGGAUACAUAUUGGCAAAGUGACGGACCUCAGCCUCAUCUUGUUAACGUGAAGUUUCGGCGCAAAACGUUGGUUCAAAACGUUUGUAUCUUUGUGGAUUACAAGUCAGACGAGAGCUACACGCCCAGUAAGAUUUCCAUCAGGGCUGGGAACAGUUUGGAUAGUUUGAAACAAAUUGAUAUCGUGGAUUUGGAGGAACCCAGUGGUUGGCUUGUUGUUCCGCUUGGCGGCGCCAGUGAGAAGCCGUUGAAGACUUUUAUGAUUCAAAUUGCGGUGUUAACGAACCAUCAGAACGGACGAGACACGCAUCUAAGACAGAUCAAGCUGCAUGCGCCUGCUAAUGCAUCGACUGCGCAGAAAAUACAAAAUUAUACAACAGUGGAAUGUGCCAUGUACAGCACUAUUAGAUAGACGUUCUCAUUUGAUUCAAUGGAUUAACACAGUAUAAGGAAUAUGCAUUAUAUCUCAAAUCAUUUUCCAGCCUUAUUCUCAUACCCAUUACUCUGAUGAGUGAACUGCAAAUUAGGACUGUUGUAUGACCUGGGGGUCGGUGAUUUGCCUAUUAAACAUUUAUAAACCAUGGAUGCUUAAUAGGGAUUAAACAUUCAUUUUGUUUAAAAUUAUUGAUUGAACAAACAACAAAAACACUGUAAAUAUCAAUGCUUUAUUAUUAUUUUUGUUAUGGUAUUCUAAAUGAUACAUUUAUCUUAUUAUACAAUUCAAAUUCGA